AUGGGAAGAAGUGGGCUCCAUGAGAAUGGAGGCUUCCUCUGCCUCAUUCUCCACCUGCUGCUUCAAGGAAGAGGCGACACUUUCACCAUCAAUUGUUCAGGCUUUGACCAGUAUGGGGUGGAUCCUGCUGCCUUCCAAGCAGUUUUUGACAGAAAGGCCUUCCGUCCAGUCGUCAACUACAGCAUUCCCACUCGUGUCAACAUCUCCUUCACUAUGUCUGCCAUUGUGGAAGUGAUCUGGUACAAUCCAUUCAUCAGGUGGAACCCAGAGGAAUGUGGAGGUAUCAGGAAGAUCAGCAUAGCAGCUGAGAAUCUUUGGCUUCCAGAUAUCUUCAUCGAGGAGUUCAUGGAUGUGGAUCAGACAGCUACAGGUCUCAUGGCUACGUCAACAGUGAAGGUCUCAUCAAAUAUGAUAAGCCAAUGAAGGUGGUCAGCAUCUGUAACCUGGACAUCUUCUAUUUCCCCUUUGAUGAACAGAACUGCACGCUCACCUUCAGCUCAUUCACCUACACAGGUGACCUGGGCGUGGAGAAGAAAGUGCAGGAGAUUUCGAACACAUCACAGAACCUCAUUCGGAGCAAGGGAGUGGGUACUUCUGGGUAUCCACCAGAGAAUGAUGAAGAUGACUGUGGGCACCAACCAGUAUGACCAAAUCAUUUUCUAUGUGGCCAUCAGGCGCAGGCCCAGACUCUAUGUCAUAAACCUCCUGGUGCCCAGUGGCUUUCUGGUUGCCAUCGAUGCCCUCAGCUUCUACCUGCCAGCAGAAAGCGAGAAUCGUGCCCCAUUCAAGAUGACACUUCUGCUGGGCUACAACGUCUUCCUGCUCAUGAUGAAUGACUUACUCCCUGCAACUGGCACCCCCCUCAUCAGUAUGGCCCCUCCCUCCAUCAGGAGAAUAAAAGCAAGACCCAUCUUCCCUCCAGGUAUCUACUUUGCCCUGUGUCUGUCCCUGAUGGUCGUCAGCCUGCUGGAGACCAUCUUCAUCACCUACCUGCUACACCUGGCCACAACCCAGCCCCCACCCAUGCCGCGGUGUCUCCACUCUCUGCUUCUCUACUGGGCUAGCCCAAGGAAAUGCUGCCCCACUGCACCCCAGAAGGGAAAUAAAGGCCUGGGCCCCACCCCUACCCACCUGCCUGGUGUGAAGGAGCCUGUGGAGUUGGUGGGGAAGGUGUCAGGUCCCAGAGAGGCAGAGUUAAAUGGGUGUCCCGGGUCAGCAGGGACCCAGCAGGAAGAAGAGGCUCAGAAGCAGCACUUGGUCGACCUGUGGGUGAAGUUCAGCCACGUGAUGGACACCCUGCUCUUCCGCCUCUACCUGCUCUUCAUGGCUACCUCUGUGGUCACAGUCAUCAUCCUCUGGAACACCUAG